CACCACUGACUGUUCUCCAGACUAGAAGCAUGACAUUACUCAUCCAGGAUUUGUCUUUGUUGCCUUCAUUAGGUGUGUGUUUUAAGUUCUAAAAAUAACUCCCAAUGUUCAGUCCUAUUUUGAUUCAAUGCUUUUAAUCCCUGUGUACUUUGCAUCCUUGGUUGUAGGUGACCAUCGAGGUUUUGGAUGACCCUCCUAUGGAAGUUGAGAUGGACCUGGUUAAAGAAUGGAGCAAUGACUGGCCCACAUCUUCUCCCUCCUCUACUGUAGAAUGGCUGGGUGGAAAGAAGCUUUUCUGGCCUUUAUUUUGGGGCUACACGGAUGCAGAUUCCGGCGAUGAUGGUACUGGCCAAGCAGUGGAGGAAGAGGAUGACUACACACUGGAAUAUGACAGUGGGGAGCCCCUCCCUAGUGGUCUGGACAAGACAGAUGGCAAUUGGGAAAGCCCAUGGACUCAAAGCUAUUAUGAAGAAAAAGAGGAAGAGUGGAGCGCAUGGAGUCCCUGUAGUGUCACUUGUGGCCAUGGCAACCAGACCCGCUCACGUUCAUGUGGAGAUUUCUGCACAUCCACUGAGUCCCGAAGCUGUGACCCUGUUCCAUGCCCAGAUGAUUGGAACAGUGUGGCACAUGUCUUUCCAUUUGAGAUGGAGAAUGGUACAGAACCCUUUGGCACUGAUGUUGACAGCUGUGAGAAGUGGUUGAAUUGUAAGAGUGAGUUUCUUCAGCGUUACCUGCAGCAGGUAUUGACUGAAUUACCCAGCUGCCCGUGCACCUAUCCUUCAGAUGCCUCCAACAAUAUAGUAAGUCUGCUGGAUGCCGAGCAUGACCGAACCUUCCAAUGGAGGGAUGCUAGCAGCCCAAAAGAACGGCUGGACAUCUACAAGCCCUCGGCACGUUCCUGCUUGCGUUCUGGCCUAUCAAAAGAUGGCACCACCCUGGCUGCCCAGCACUGUUGCUAUGAUGACAACAAGCAUCUAAUUACAAGGGGCAAGGGGGCAGGUACCCCCAACCUAAUAAGCACAGAGUUCUCUCCAGAGCUGCAUUUCAAGGUGGAUGUAGUGCCUUGGAUACUGUGCAAAGGAGACUGGAGCAGGUUUCAUGCAGUCCGCCCACCCAAUAAUGGCCUGCAUUGCACGGAGAACCCCCAACAGGAUAUUUUCAUGAAUGAAUUGGAGGAGGCCAGAGAAUAUUAAAUCACCAAAUUACUAUCCGUCCUCUGACUCACCGUCCUGCUGUGGUGCUUAAUCCCAUUAAAAAAAAAAAAAAAAAAAAAAAAACACCAGCCACAUAAUUAUGCAGUAUAGAGCCAGUCUUGUGUUGUGGGACGCAUUGCCGUUACUGUGUUUGCAAGGCCUCUAGCUUUUAUUUUGUUUGGAAUAUUGUGGAAAAUUUAAGGAAGGAUCAAUACAGCAUUUUUGUUAUACAAACAGUUGUUGUUACUGCUGCUGCAAACACAUACAGUGGGGUGCAAAAGACUGACACAAAAAAUUUUUUUUUUUUCUUUUUUUUUUUUUUUUCAAAUUUAAUACAGUUGUAUUACUACUUAUAUUAUCAGAAUAACAAUUUGAAUGAAAGUUGAAUUGAAAAACUAACAUGAGUUUCAAAAUUUAUUAGUAUAGUUUGGUAUGUCCCUUUUGUUUGAAUGACAGCAGAACUCAAGCUGACAUGAGUUCCACAUUUGUGCAAAACCUGAUGAUCAUGUUAUCCUGCAUGAUUUGAGAAUGUUCCAAAGAGCAUCUUGUGCUUCAGUCUGACCCUUUGUACAAAAGAGUUGCUCAUGUGGUCAAUGUAAUUUGAUUAUUUGAUUACCCUAGAAAUUGUAUAGAAUCAUUUUUGUUCUUAUUAUUCAUCUUAAUUCAUGUAUAAAAUAUUAUUAUUUGUUUUUAUAUAUCAACAUUUAAUCCUAAUAGAUUUUGAAUCCCAUAUAUUCAGUGUGGUCUCAGAACUUUGUACCCCACUGUAUUUAUAAAUGAGAACCUCUGCUCUAGACUUAUGGGGAUGUUUAAAAGUGAAUGGGCACAAUUUCACUGCCAACUCAGGGGAAAUCUUUCCAUAACAAUCAAUGGUCAAUUAGUUCUUUAAUAGUGUCAAUAUUUCAGAAAGGGAAUGAGCCGGCAAAUGUAAAGCAAAUAUUAUAAUGUGAUACUUAAUAUGCUUAUGUAAAGUUUUGCAGUUUAGCUGUUCUGCGAAUAUGCAUAAUGCUGAUGUUUUUGGAAACUGUUGCAGGGGAACUACUUAAUACUUGCUCCAGACCUCUAUUUUGAAAUAUUAUUCAUAAGAGUAUGCAGACUGAAUAUGCACAUGCUACGGCUGGCACUUUAUUUAACAUUUAUUGAAAUGUAUAUUUGCGUGAUGAAGCAUUGUUAUCCAUGUUUCUGGUGUUGCUGUUGUGAAGAGAUUGCUUCCUAUAUGGUCAUUGUUACAUUAAUGGCAAGAACAGUAUUUCUGUGUUGGCAUGUGAUGUACAGUAUUUAUUGUAUUUUUAUCGUACAUUUACUGACGCUUUGAACCGAUCAUGCAUUCAGGUGGUGCACUACCUAGAGUCCUUCAAGACAGACUGACCUAAAAAGGGAAAUCAUGUUCUCAAACACCUCUUUAAUGACAAUUAAAACAAGUCGAUGUUUGCUGUUCAUUAUCAUGUGUACUUAAUGAUUUUGCAAGUUGCAAAUUCUAUUAAAAAUACAAAGAUGAGUUUGAAAAAAA